AUGGUAAAGGAUAAAUCCACCGUCAUCGAAGAAUUCAACGACCUGGUCAACAUGACCCCCGCCGAACUCCGCGCCUGGCUCGCGGAAGAACAAUCCCAGUCCUCAGGCUGGACGGGCGCGUCCGCGUCCGGCGAGACGGUCGGCCACGAGAGCGGGCGCAGAAUCGUGGAUAUCCUCGAGCACAACCCCUCCAAGGACCCGUCUGGGUACUCGGACGAGGAUCUAGAGCAUAUGCGGAGGGUGGUCUCGUACUGUAAGCGGCACCUGGCGCAGGAGGAGCACGCGAAGCGGGAUACCGGGAGUAGGAGUUACAGGUCGUUGAAGAAUUGGGGCCAUGAUGCGCUGAAGGAGUGA